UCCCGGCAGCUUGUGGCCACUCGGUUCCAAACGGAGACUUCUGGGCUCGUGGCAGCACCCCCGAUGCCGGACCCUGGAAGUCCUUUCCGAACUGAAGAGCCGAGAAGCAACUUCUCGGGGACCGGCCGGCGUCCGACGGAGGCUGGACUCGGGGGUUUGAAACCCUGCGGGCAGAAAAUCGGGAGUGGAGAAAGAUGGAUACUGUCAGCGAGAUUCCCAUAGAAGCUAUGCUCCCCAAGCACAUCUUGGAUAUUUGGGUCAUUCUCCUCAUCAUCUUGGCAACCAUUGUCAUUAUGACAUCCUUGCUGCUGUGCCCAGCAAUGGUGGUCAUCAUUUACCGCAUGAGAACUCAUCCUAUUCUCAAUCGAGCUGUCUGAAUACCCUUCAGGGAGGGGGCAGUUGGGGAAUGAAGAUGACAUCCACUCCUAUAGUCUCUUCUUCAUCAAAUAUCAGCAGGAGAGUUUUGGGAGUGUGGACUCCAGAGAGUGAUAUUUAAGAAGAGACCCUUGUUCUGGUUUUGAUUUUUCCCAUUGUCAGUAUGGCUUUGGUCAAGUGACCUGAUUCUCUGAGUUCCAAGUUCUUUAUCUUUUAGAUAGAGAUUAUGAUUCCUAAACUGCCUAGCUCAUAGAAUUUUGAGAACUAGUGACUAAUAGAGUUAGAACUGUUUGUGGGCAGAUAGGUCAGGUAUUAUGCUGAAAUGCCAAAAAGCUUUAUAAAACCAAGUAUUGCUUAUGAUGCUCUUUAAGGUGGUAAAGGAGCUAGGGGAAGAGUGUUCACACCAGAACCUCCUUUGUUAAAAUUAAGGGCACCUUAUUCUCAUUCCA